CCUCUUAAACACCACAGAAGAAGCCGGAAAGCAUCAACAGGAAGUACUUUGUUACCAUCCUCUAUCUAGUUUUCAAACCAAACACAUUUCCACAGGAUUUGCAGGAUGUUUCUAAUGUAAGAUUAGUCUAAAUGAGACGUUCGUUUGUCACAACUGAAAUGGAGUUUUGAUAUUUAUAAAGUUGUGGUCUAGCUUUUCUUUAUCUGAACGCUGUGACUAAGAAAGUAACUGUAGCAUACACAUUUAGUGUCGUUUUAAUUUUUUUUAGAAAGAAUACAGUAACGUCAGCUUCCACGAUGGAUCAGGUCCAGUUUUCACGUGUGAUCCUCCACAUCCAUGAGUUCGAUUUGAACAGCAGGAGAAAAGAAACCAUGGUGGACAGAGCUAGCCCGUCCCCCUCCACCCUGACGGAGUCCCCUGGUCACAACUCUCCUGGUAACGCCUUACUGAUGGAUCUGAAGAGGGUGUCUGUGUGGCUGGUCGACUGCAGGAAAACAGCAGGGCAGAGUGGAACUGUGAGAGAAGGACACGAGGAGGGAGAUGGAGAUUUGAUUUCAUCAAGGGACACCCCUAAGUGUUGUUCUCUCAGUGGGAGGGGCUUAUCAUCUGGGGAGCCUCAACAACAUCCUGUUGCUGACGAGACAGAGAAGAGUCUCUCCAGAUCAGAACAUCUCAAGAAACACCAGCAGAGACGUACAGGGAAGAAACCUCACCACUGCUGCUCUGACUUUGGGAAGAGUUUCACAAGCCAGAGUGGCUUCAUUAUUCAGUGUGGGAAGAGUUUUGCUUCUUCUAACACCUUCAAAUCUAAUGUAAGAAUUCAUACAGGGGAGAAGCCUUACCCCUGCCUUGAUUGUGGGAAAAGCUUUGUUAGUGCAGGAGUCCUAACCAUACACCAGCGGACACACACUGGAGUGAAGCCUUAUAGCUGUGAUCAGUGUGGGAAGAGCUUCAAUCAGUCAGUCCACCUGACUACACACCAGCGAACACACUCUGGAGUGAAGCCUUAUAGCUGUGAUCAGUGUGGGAAGAGCUUCGUUCAGUCAGUCCACCUGACCACACACCAGCGAACACACAGUGGAGAGAAGCCUUAUAGCUGUGAUCAGUGUGGGAAGAGCUUCGUUCAGUCAGUCCACCUGACUACACACCAGCGAACACACACUGGAGAGAAGCCUUAUAGCUGUGAUCAGUGUGGAAAGAGCUUUGCUGUAUCAGAAAAACUAACCAUACACCAGCGAACACACACUGGAGAGAAGCCUUACAGCUGUGAUCAGUGUGGAAGGGGCUUUUCUCAAUCAGUAACCCGGAAUAAACACCAGCGAAUACACACAGGAGAGAAGCCUUAUAGCUGUGAUCAGUGUGGAAAGAGCUUUGCUGUAUCAGAAAAACUAACUAUACACCAGCGAAUACACACAGGAGAGAAGCCUUAUAGCUGUGAUCACUGUGGGAAGAGCUUUGCUGUAGUUUCCUCCCUGAUUAGACACCAGGUAACACACACUGGAGUGAGAACUUAUGUCUGUCUAUGUGGGAAGAGCUUUGGUCUAGCUUCCUCCCUUACUAUACACCAGCGAACACACACUGGAGAGAAGCCUUAUAGCUGUGAUCAUUGUGGAAGGGGCUUUUCUCAAUCAGUAAACCGGAAUAUACACCAGCGAACACACACAGGAGAGAAGCCUUACAGCUGUGAUCAUUGUGGAAAGAGCUUUGCUCUAGCUUCCACCCUGACUGCACACCAGCGAACACACACUGGGGAGAAGCCUUAUAGCUGUGAUCAGUGUGGAAAGAGCUUCAAUCAGGCAUGCAACCUGACUAAACACCAGCGAACACACACUGGAGAGAAAGAAGCCUUAUAUCUGUGAUCAGUGUGGGAAGCGUUUCAGUCAGUUAUGGACCCUUUAUUCACACCAGUGAACACACACUGGAGAAGGAAUCUUAUGUCUGUCUAGGUGGGAAGAGCUUUGUUUAUUUAGGGCCAAUGAGAAAACACCAGAAAACACAAACAUGCUGUAUUUCAUCUUCCUCCCAUCUGGCACCGGUUCCAGAUCCCUAAAUAAAGGAUCAGUAGAAAACAUCUAGUGAACAGUCGUAUCCAUCUCCCAUUCUUAACUCUUUGGGAUAGCGGGAUGCCUCGUCAACAUCCGGUGAAAUUGCAGAUCGCGAAAUUCAAAAUGACAGAAAUAGAACUACUAACAUUCAUGAAAAUACAUGUAUCAUACAUCAAAAUAAAGCUUAACUUCUUUUUAAUCCAGCCACUGCGUCAGAUUUCAAAAAGGCUUUACGGCGAAAGCAGACCACCAUGUGAGGACAGUGCCCCACAUACAAAAGCAUGAAAAACAAUUUCAAGCCAAGUAGAGGAGUCAAGAAAGUCAGAAAUAGCGAUAAAAUGAAUCACUUACCUUUGAAGAUCUUCAGCUGGUUGCAAUCAUAAGAGUCCCAGAAACAUCACAAAUGGCGCUUUUGUUCGAUAAAGUCCUUUAUAUUAAAAAAAGUUAGUUUAGCUGACGCGCUUGACUCAGUAAUCCACCAGUUUCCCUCGUUGAAAAAUGCAAACAAAAGUUCUAAAAGCUAUUGGCAAACUUUGUCGAAACUAGUCAAACAACGUGUCUAUAUCAUCCUCAGGUUGUCUGAAAUGUAAAUAAACUAUAAUAUUUCAUACGGAAAGGACUGUGUUCAAUUUGAACAUCAAAUUAGCAAGAGCGUACCUUCCUCAUUGCGCGCAAAACCACUGAUGUGACCCUAGCAGUCACCAGACUCUAAGUCAAAAUACUAAUUCAUUUUUCAAAACAAUAGCCUCAAAACCUUGAAUAAAGACAGUUGACAGCUAGUAGAAGCUAUAUCAAUUGCAAUCUGGUGGAUGGACAUAGGGGUUUUCUAUAGCUUUACAAAAUAAAAGCCUGUGAUUUGAAUUUCUUUUUUUUCUGGUUGGAUUUUCUUUGUGUUUUUGCCAGCCAUGUCAGUUCUGUUUUCCUCACAGACAUUAUUUUGACAGUUUUGGAAACUUUAGAGUGUUUGGGCCUGAGAAAGUGGGCCUGAGCAACAGGCAGUUUACUUUGGGCACGUUUUUCAUUCAAACGUCUCAAUACUGCCCCCGUUCCCAUAAAGGUUAAACAGUUGCCUUAGUCUGAUCACCAUGGUAACCUCUGUGGAGCAUAAUAUGCAGCUCUGAUCUAGCAUCAGGUCUCCACUGUGUCUAUGUAAUAUCACACAUUGGGCUCUAAAUGGAUAAAUG